AUGCCUUUUGCCUGUAAAAAUUCGCUCUGUUCUUCAAGAGCAUUCAACAAUUGCUCAAGGUGUCAUCGAACGUUCUUCGACAAAGUAAGUCUGAUGCAGUGUUCACAACAAAAACGGGAUACAUGCGGGCGCUGCGAAAGAUCAUCUACCGAAUUCAAACCUAACUGGUACUUUAAUUCCGCCCAAAAUAAUCCGAAAGAUCUUCAUCACGCUGCUUGUACAGGCAAUUUUCAACUCGUGGCUGAAUUUAUGCGAACUGAGUUUUCAGACCAACCAGGGAAAUCUCACCUUUCCCGUUCAAAAUUACAAUACGGGUACACGCCGAUCCACUGCGCGACUUUCGGCGGACACUACGAUUGUCUUAAGCUUAUGCUCAGCCAUCCAGAUGGAAAACCAAAUAUUAUUGAUCCCGAAGACGGAAGAACACCGGUUCACCUAGCUUGCUGGAAGGGACACGCAGAUUGUCUCAAGCUGCUUCUCAGUAAAGGAGGUAACUUAUAUCUUCGUGACCACAAUAGGGAUACACCGAUAUCAUUA